GGACUCGCACCGCUUGAGCAGACUUAACAACAGCACAAAGCGGGUUACUGUCUGUUCAAGCUACCAUCUCUCUCUCUCUUUCUUAGUGCCUCCUUGCCAGGUGCUGCCACUCUCUCUUUCUCUCUCUUCAUCCUUCUGUUGGGUUGGUUGUGGAGUGUUGUUUUCUGUUGUGCACGUGUUGUCAUUUUUUACCCUCGCCACAGAUCUGAAGUGUUCAAGUUUGGAUUUUGUGCUUCUGGAAGUUAAAAUGGCCCAAGAAACUUUCCUAUUCACAUCUGAAUCAGUGAACGAGGGGCACCCUGACAAGCUCUGUGACCAGAUCUCCGAUGCUGUGCUCGAUGCAUGCUUGGAGCAGGACCCUGACAGCAAGGUUGCCUGUGAAACCUGCACCAAGACCAACAUGGUGAUGGUUUUCGGAGAGAUCACAACCAAGGCCAACGUGGACUAUGAGAAGAUUGUGCGUGACACAUGCAGGAACAUUGGUUUUGUCUCUGAUGAUGUUGGUCUUGAUGCUGACAACUGCAAGGUCCUCGUCAACAUUGAGCAACAGAGUCCUGAUAUUGCUCAAGGUGUGCACGGCCACCUCACAAAGAGGCCUGAGGAGAUUGGUGCUGGUGACCAAGGUCAUAUGUUCGGCUAUGCCACUGACGAGACUCCCGAGCUCAUGCCCUUGAGCCAUGUCCUUGCCACGAAGCUCGGUGCCAAGCUCACCGAGGUUCGGAAGAACGGGACAUGCCCUUGGCUGAGACCUGAUGGCAAGACCCAAGUCACUGUUGAGUACUACAAUGACAAGGGUGCCAUGGUUCCAAUCCGCGUCCACACUGUGCUCAUCUCCACACAGCAUGAUGAGACUGUCACAAAUGAUGAGAUUGCAGCUGAUCUUAAAGAACACGUGAUUAAGCCUGUGAUUCCUGAGAAGUACCUUGAUGAGAAGACCAUUUUCCAUUUGAACCCUUCUGGCAGGUUUGUCAUUGGAGGGCCGCAUGGCGAUGCUGGUCUCACCGGCCGCAAGAUCAUCAUCGACACCUAUGGAGGAUGGGGUGCACAUGGUGGUGGUGCCUUCUCUGGGAAGGAUCCUACCAAGGUUGAUAGGAGUGGUGCCUACAUUGUGAGGCAAGCUGCAAAGAGCAUUGUUGCAAAUGGACUUGCUAGGAGGGCAAUUGUGCAAGUUUCCUAUGCCAUUGGUGUGCCUGAGCCCUUGUCUGUGUUUGUUGACACUUAUGGCACUGGGAAGAUCCCUGACAAGGAAAUCCUCAGCAUUGUGAAGGAGAGUUUUGACUUCAGGCCUGGCAUGAUCUCCAUCAACCUUGAUCUCAAGAGGGGUGGAAAUGGCAGGUUCUUGAAGACUGCUGCAUAUGGACACUUUGGCAGAGAUGACCCUGACUUCACAUGGGAAGUGGUGAAGCCACUCAAGGGGGAGAAGGUACCUGCUUAACUAAAAGGGGUUCCAACACUCUUGGCAAGGGACUUUUGCACUACUACUGGCUUCUUAUUAUCUGAUUGCUAAAAUUUUCUCUAUGUUUCCUUCCCUCUUACUCAAUUCUGUUUUUUUUUUUCUGUAUUUUUUUAUGAAUUUCCCCCUUUUUUUUGUGUACUUGUAUGUGUUCUUUCAGAACAUAUAUAUUUUAUAUGAUGAAACAAAAAAAAAUGUUCUCUCAAGAUUUAUGCUAGAAAUAUGUAAUAAUCUCAAAUUAUAGAGAGUAUACAAUUUUACUAUGUGAAUUGCAGUA